GUGAGGCUGAAUGCCCAAUCGCCGGUCUUCGGAUCUUGAACUAAUAACUCAUUCUCAGGGCCAUUGCGCAGCUGCGCGCAUGCCGACCGAUUCCGGAAGCGCAAGUCCGCGAGCUCUGUCAUAAAGCUCGGGAACUUUUAAUAGAAGAGGGCAACGUCGUCACUGUAACGGCACCAGUAACGAUAUGUGGUGAUAUUCAUGGCCAGUUCCACGAUUUGAUGGAGCUCUUUCGAGUUGGAGGCGAUGUUCCAGAUACAAAUUACCUGUUCAUGGGCGACUUCGUCGAUCGUGGCUUCUAUUCACUAGAAUCUUUCCUCCUUUUGCUCUGCCUAAAAGUUCGAUACCCCGAUAGAAUGACACUAAUCCGCGGCAACCACGAAUCUCGUCAAAUCACCACAGUCUACGGGUUUUACGAUGAAUGUAUAAGAAAGUACGGCAGCGCUAAUGUUUGGCGUUACUGUUGUGACAUUUUUGAUUACCUGGCGCUUGGUGCGAUCGUAUUGGGCGCCUCCAACACCAUGUCGCCUGGCGUAGAACCUGUCGAUGACGAAACCGAGAUCGAGGUUUGCGACCAGAACGGCUCUAUAAUGAGCCGCUUUCCCCGGCGUCGGCCAGAUGACAGCUCGCAAGAUCAGAUCCAAAGCCCAGGCGGAACAGCAAUGGAUAAGACAGGCCCCCCGGGAUCUGGCGCUUCCGGGUCAAGCGGUGGCUCAGUGGGAAAUCCAGCCGGAGCAGUGCUUUGUGUUCAUGGUGGUUUGAGUCCAUUGGUCGAUACAGUUGACAAGAUUCGCUUGAUUGACCGCAAACAAGAAGUCCCUCAUGAAGGAGCCAUGUGCGAUCUACUCUGGUCCGACCCCGAUGAGAUCGACGGCUGGGGUCUUUCCCCACGAGGUGCAGGCUUCCUCUUUGGAGCUGAUAUCGUCAAGGUGUUCAACCAUCGGAACGACCUGAGUCUCAUUGCCCGCGCGCAUCAGCUUGUCAUGGAGGGGUUCAAGGAAAUGUUCGACGCCUCUAUCGUCACUGUGUGGUCUGCUCCGAACUAUUGCUACCGCUGUGGAAAUGUUGCUGCGGUCCUGGAACUCUCCGAAGACGAAUCUGGCACAGGUCUCUUCGCCCGUAGCAAUGGUGAUGUUGGCAGAAGCGAUGGCGGUACUGGAGUCAUGAUGGAGGGCGGUCUGCCUCCUCGGAGCGGUCCUGCCCGGCGAUACAGGGUUUUCCAAGCUGCACCCCAAGAUUCGCGAGGAAUGCCUGCCAAGAAGCCAGUUGCGGAUUACUUCUUGUGAUCAUCUUAUCUUGCCAUUGUCUUUUAUUUUCACGUCUACCAGCCACAAAUGUGGCUUUGUAUCACAGAAUUAACUUGGGUCUGGGGUUAUGGGCAGGGUACGGAGUUCGAUAAUUUUCAAAAUUCAUUAUAUACCACCUGAGUCAAAGGGUAUCGUCAUGGUGCGCCUCUUAAAUGCUGGUUAUCCACGCAAUGCAGUUCGAUCAUUUCCAGGCUACUUUCCAGCGGUUCUAAACCCAUGCAACCAGCCACUUAUACUAUCAACAUACCUCCUGGUCCCUGGCUUGGUUGAAGCUCAGCACAGUUGUCAAAUCUUCCAAGCAAUUCUAACCAAUUUUGCAAAGUGUCGAAGCUUUCGAUAGGCCCCCAGCUUGCGGAUGCGGGGUUCUCGUAGACCUCGAUCUGAAACAUGAGUGCCUCUUCGGGUUCGUUUUUCCUUCCUAUAGGUGUCAAGAGGUAUGGCAUCUUUUUGAAGGCAUCACGCAGUAUGACUUGGUCUUCAAGAGACAGUCUUCCACGAUGUCUGCAAAUGUCAGAGACAAGGGUAAGGACAGCGGCGGCAGCAUUGACCUCGUCGAUGCUGAACGCCCAGUUUGUGGUCAAAUCCUGUGACACAACGGGUUCAGGGAAUUCCGAAGCCGUUGUUGUUUCUGAAGUCGUCUUCGAAUUGAAGCCAUCAGGAACCUGGUCGAAGUUGUAGGCAUACUUUUGACAGAGGUCAGCGGAUUCUGUCACCUCAUCCGACGUAUGUUCCGGUACCCUACCACAUCUAGACAACAUUUCUUCUUCACCGCCACCAAGAAGUCUCGGCCUCAGGAUUGAAGGUGUUUCGCUACAAGUCGAAGACAUUCGCGUCCUUUUCUCUCCCUCUCCCUUGUUCCAUGAACUAUGGCGCUUGAAUCUUUUGCGUCGGACACGAGUCCGAAGGAUUGAAAAGAGUUCGAACCAAUCUGAGAACCUUGAGGAGGUUUCCUCGCCUGCACCAUACGAACCGUAACGCCCGUUUUCCGCUGAGACUUCCUGGUGCUUCCUCUUCUUCGCUUGCUGACCCAUGUUGGGUGUAGCUUGCUUUGAUCUUUCUUUAAUACUUGGUGAUCUGCCUUGACAGAGGAUAAUCCUAGCAUUGGAACCGAUAAUUUGAUGUGCGGUAUGCCCUCAACUCGACAAGUCAACGGGAUGCUAAGUCUCCUAUCGCUUGGAUGUCCAUCAGGAGUUGUGUAUCUGUUCCCAAGUGAAGGGUUUGGGAUGUUUGCAAAUGCUUUGCAUCCGGAUCGGCGAGGUUUUAUAGGUGUGAGGCGACAUAUGUUCGCACAGCGCAAAGUGUUGAAGAUGCCAUCAGUAGAUUGUUCAACUGCUUGUUCGUCAAGAGGCGAUGCAGAUAGGAUCUGGUCAAGCUCUUCCCACUUUGUUUCUAGUGGUUGUUCCAGAUUGGCAGAAAGCAUUGCCAUGGAUUUUUAAUUCUCAACUUGUGAGGUCGUGAACGGUAUCAAAGAUGCGAAUGCUGAAGUGAAUGAUCGUAUAACGGUCGGUUCGAGAGAGUACUUGAUUAAUAUUCGAUAUGAGAAAUAGCAUGUGUUGGUAUCUCCUAUUCUUAACGCCCUAUCAGCAAUCUUUCUUUGAAGACUGAUGAAAGACCCAUUGUUCCUUUGGGUUCGUUGUUCGUUUUGUCGCUGUCGACGUUCGACUUCUGCUUUAUGUCACAAGAUUUCUGCAAGACAUUCCAACAAUAUGAUCUUUGUCUGUAGAGAACAAAGCUACAGGAACAUCACCAUAUGUCGACCUCAGCCUUGUCGCUGGGUUUCAUUGCUCGUUCAUCCAUAGGUUUCUCCCAGGUUUCGUUUCAUUAUCCAGUUCGCCAUGGCAA